UUCUUAUCACUUGUACUUUUUAUGAGAAGGGCCAGUUAAAGUUCUCAUAUGUAAAUAAAUUUCCUUUGAAUAUUUUCAUUGGUAAAAACAUAAAAAAUAUUUAAAAUAUUAUUUUUUUAAAAGAAUUGUAUCUCUACUAUAAAAUUCCUUUUCUCUUUUGAUUUUUAUUACUUUUACUUGUUUUAAUUAUGAGAUAUUCCAUUAAUGACUAAAUCAACUAACAUUAAAUUGUCUAACAAACAAAACAAAGACCUAAUGUUUCGGCUAAUAUAUAGGCCGCAACACUUUAGAUUCAAUCAUAAUCUCUUUUUUUUUCGUAAACUAAAAACCAUGAUGAAAGACAAUACUCAUCCUUCUCCCUUUAAACUGAAACUUGACCAUCAACUCGAACAUCGACAAGAAGCAGAAGAGUUCACUAUCGAUGCUAAUGUCAAGAUUAUCCGACAAGGGUCUCUUCCAUUACAAGAGGCCUUCUUCUCCUCCACUGUCGACAAUUUCAUAUUUGAAGACGAAGAUUGUCCAGAGAAAGUAGAACUCUACGAGUUAUUUAUCGACGCUGGAAUAGUCGAGUUCGAUGCUCAGUUUAUGCUUAUUGACAUGAUUUUGUACGUUUCUGAAAAGACAAAGUCGCUUGAUGACGAUUACAAAGGAGUUUUAACGUUGACGGUUGAAGUUACGUUACCACCGAAACCGGUUGAGUUUAACCGUGUCGGUUCGGAGCAAACUCAAUCCCAAGAAGCAAAAAAGACGAAGACGGUAGAGCAAUGGCUUAAACCAGAUCAUAAAAUACAAAAAGCCGUGUACAAAAUUGGGGCUGAUGGUGUUUCAUUGGUGCGAAGCCCGCAUAAGGUAGCUACGUAGGGUUUGUUGCUUGGAAGAGAAGCAGGACUUUUAGGAUAUUUUAAUCCUUUUGUUUAUUCCUUUUUUGGUUAACAGUUUUGGGUUUUUUUUCCUUGUCCAUUCAGUGGCAUUCAUUAACCCUAGUACUAAACUAAACCAAUGAAGGCUUAGCCACUGCAAAGCAGAGACGACACUUUGCAUAUGAUCCCAGGUUUCUACUUAUAAGCCUUCAUUGGUAUAUGAAAGAUACGCACUCAGAGUCGAUCUCGAACCAGUAUUCGAACGACCUGGCUCCGCCUUUAUUCUCGGACUAGUGGGUACCCUCGUGCUACGCACGAAUCUAAAUAACUGUAGUUAAAAUUAUUUAAUAACCAAAACUAUCAUGUUUAAAGUAUUUUAUGUUUAAAAUUUGAGAUAUAUACAACACAAACUAUAGUUUAUUAUAUUU